AUAUAUAGAGAGAGCAGUAGUCGAGUCGUUCCAUAUUUGAGUUUGUGUUUUCAUUCAAAAUCGUUUUGUCAUGUUGUAAGGUUUGUGUGUCAACUGUGAAGCUAAUGAAUAAAUAAAGUUAGCUCCCAAGUGUCACCAGUUCUCGGUGGCGGGUUCAUUCUCAAUACACAACAACAAGAGAGACAAAAUACCCCAACAAAAAUAAUCAUACAACCGACAACAGUAGCAGCAGUUGCAGGAUCAGAAGAAGAAGAAGAAGAAGACGACGAAGCAUUUAACAAUAAAUAUAGUUCAUCACUUGUUGCAGGUGGUCAAUUGGGUUUUUAGGAAUGUCUUCUUCUGAUCUUUAUGUUGUUGAUGGUUCUUCUUUCUACCACCAUUCAAGCCCAGAAGUGGUGUCCUGUGAUGGUGGUGAUCUUCAGUUCUUCUCUGACCCUUUUUCUUCUUUUGGUGACUCUAAUGUUGAUGAUAUCCUCCAAGAACUCUCAAACAUCCCAAACCACCAAAACCAACUAGAUGGUUCUCCUUGUAUCAACAAGUUUGGGUAUGGUUUUCUCUCUUCUUCUCCUCCAACCCAUCAAAUGGAGAAUUUAAGCCUUUAUCAGACAGCCCAUUUGCAGCAGCAACUAACUAAUGGUUCAAAUUUGACAAAUGGGUAUGGAGAUUUCUUGGGGUUACAUGGUUUAGAGGAUAAAACUGAGGAAUGCCAAGGGGGUGGUUUUGACUCCUCUUACAAUAACUCCUCCUUCUUGCCUCCCAGUUACAGUAGUACUAGUGUGGAACACACUGCAAAGCUUAUGCAGAGGAGCUUCAGUAGCAACUCUUUUGAUGGAAAGCCAGGAUUUCUCUUCCAACCAAAGUUUGAUACUCUCUUAGAGUCCCCAAAUUACCAAUAUCAAGCUCUAAGCUCACCUGAAAACAACUUUCUCUCUACCCACAUGAGGAGGGUCUGCAGCACUGGUGAUUUACAGAACAUUAAACCACAUCUCACUACACAGAGGUCCUUCUCAAGCCCUUUAGCAGCAGCUUCAGAGUGUUCUUCUCUCAUGGAGGACACAAACUUCAAAGUGGGGCGUUACAGUGCAGAAGAGAGAAAAGAAAGGAUUUCCAAGUACAGAGCCAAGCGUACACAGAGGAACUUCAACAAGACUAUCAAGUAUGCUUGCCGUAAAACACUAGCAGACAACAGGCCACGCAUACGUGGAAGGUUUGCAAGAAAUGAUGAAACUGGUGAGAUUCCCAAGGUUGCUGGUUCCACCAGAGAAGAAGACGAGGAUGAGCUCUGGUUUGAUGGAUUACACGAAGAACAGGAGAAUGCAGCAAUGAGAGGAGGAGGAGGAGGAGGAGGACCAUUUGUGGACAAUUUUGGCCAAUGCCAGUUCCAAUACUUCUAUGGCUACUGAUAUAGAAAUCAAUGCAGCUUCUUUCUUUUUCCUUCUAAUCUUUCAAUGGUAGGGUUUUAGGACUAGUGAAGAUGACCAAGAUGCAUUUUCUCUUGUCAAAUGAAUUGAGAAAGGCCUUUUCAAAUAAUACUGAGGCCGAGUAUUGCAGUUGGUAUAAUAAUUAAAGAGACUAGUUCCAGUUAUAGCAGUUAUUUCCUUUAAUACCUUCGUGUUUGUUAUCAUGAUUUCUCCACUUCCCUAUGUAAAUUUGAUAAUCAAUAAAACCAGUGAUUUUUACCAUAA